CUCGCGCCUUUUAAUCGCCCAACAAGAAGAGGAAGAAGAGUCAACAAGUUCAACGUUGCGUAAAAUCCAUGUUGUUUGCGGCGAGUGUUGCUAAUUUUGUGAAAUGGCAAACAUAAUUUUGGAUAAAGAAGCAUUUUAUCGGCGAUUAAAAAGGCUUUAUUCCGCCUGGCAAAAUGCCGAUGGAGAAAAUGAACUUUCAAAAGCGGAUUGUUUGGUAACCGCUGUCGGUGUUGAUGAUGAAAUUGUUUACAGUAAAUCAGGGGCCCUACAAACAUGGCUUUUGGGAUACGAACUUACCGACACAAUUAUGGUCCUGACGGAGAAUACGGCACAUUUCCUUGCCAGUAGAAAUAAAAUAGAUUUCUUGAAACAAGCAGAAAAUGGGAAAGAAGACAAUGAAGUGACUUUAAAAUUGUUGGUUAGGGAUCGUAACGACAAAGAUGAAAAUAAUUUCAAUACGUUAAUAAAGGCUAUUAAAGCUAGUAAAGGGGGUAAAAUCCUUGGUGUUUUUAUUAAAGAUAACUACCCUGGUGAAUUUAUGGAUUUAUGGCGAGCUCGGAUAAAGAAGGAACAAUUUGAGACUGUCAAUAUAAGUGCUGCAAUUGCGUAUAUUAUGGCCCCCAAAGAAGAUUCAGAGGUUAUUAUUAUUAAAAAGGCUUGCAUGGUGACCGUUGAUGUGUUUAAUAAAUACUUAAAAUACCAAAUAAUGGAAAUUAUUGAUGCAGAGAAGAAAGUCAAGCAUGCUAAGCUUGCUGAAGGUGUUGAAAAUGCAAUUACUGACAAAAAAUAUGUAACUGGAGUUGAUGUGUCUCAAGUAGACAUGUGCUACCCUGCUAUUAUCCAAUCUGGAGGCAAUUACAACCUUAAAUUUAGUGUUGUAAGUGACAAGAAUACAUUGCAUUUUGGUGCCAUUAUAUGUUGUUUAGGAGCAAGGUACAAAUCCUAUUGUUCGAAUAUAGCCAGAACACUUUUAGUUAAUCCAUCUGAUAGUAUUCAGAACAACUACAGCUUUUUAUUAAGUCUUGAGGAGGAAAUAUUGAAGAAAUUACAUGCUGGAGUAAAGUUAUCUGAGGUGUAUGAGGCUGGUUACAAUUUUGUACAAAAGGAAAAGCCUGAAUUACUUAAUAAUCUCACAAAAACAUUUGGAUUUGCAAUGGGAAUUGAAUUUAAAGAAAGCUCCUUAACAGUUGGCCCUAAAAACAGUGCAAUUUUGAAAAAAGGAAUGGUAUUCAAUAUUAACCUGGGAUUUAAUAAUCUUCAAAAUAAAGAGGCAACAGAAAAGGAAGCUCAGACAUAUGCUUUAUUUAUUGGUGAUACUGUCAUAGUCAAUGAAGAUUCACCAGCAUCUUUGUUAACAAUGUCCAAAAAGAAAAUAAAAAAUAUCGGAAUAUUCCUUAAAGAUGAAUCGGAGGAAGAAGAGGAUGAUGAAGAAAAAGAAAACACACCCAAGCCGGAGCUUCUAGGCCGUGGCAAGCGUACAGCAGUCAUAGAAUCAAAAUUGCGCUCUGAACAACCUUCAGAGGAUAAACGAAAAGAGCAUCAGAAGGAAUUGGCGAUGCUUCUUAAUGAAAAAGCUAAAGAACGAUUAGCCAAACAGUCAGGCGCAAAAGACGUGGAAAAAGUUCGUAAAAAUACCGUCUCAUAUAAGAACUCGAAUCAAAUGCCGAAAGUACCUGAAGUUAAAGAACUUAAAAUUUAUGUAGACCAGAAAUAUGAAACCGUUAUUUUGCCCAUAUAUGGUAUUCCAGUUCCCUUUCACAUUUCAACAGUAAAAAAUAUAUCUCAGUCAGUAGAAGGAGAUUACACUUAUCUUCGGAUCAAUUUCUUUCAUCCCGGUUCAACAAUGGGCAAGAAUGAAGCAGGUUCCUACCAAAAUCCGGACGCCACAUUUCUAAAAGAAGUCACUUACAGGAGCACAAAUACCAAAGAGCCUGGCGAAAUAUCACCACCUUCUUCCAAUCUGAACACCGCCUUUCGUCUAAUCAAAGAAGUUCAGCGUAAAUUUAAAACUAGAGAAGCAGAAGAACGCGAAAAAGAAGAUCUGGUCAAACAGGACACUUUAGUUUUGUCUCAGAACAAGAGCAAUCCAAAACUCAAGGAUCUCUACAUUAGACCUAAUAUCGUAAGCAAACGAAUGACCGGAACAUUGGAAGCCCACAGCAAUGGUUUUAGGUAUACAUCAGUACGAGGUGACAAAGUGGAUAUCUUAUACAAUAACAUUAAGAAUGCAUUUUUCCAACCAUGCGACGGUGAAAUGAUUAUUUUAUUGCAUUUUCAUUUGAAACAUGCCAUAAUGUUCGGAAAAAAGAAGCACAUUGAUGUACAAUUUUAUACCGAAGUAGGAGAAAUCACUACGGAUCUGGGCAAACAUCAACAUAUGCACGAUAGAGAUGAUCUGGCAGCUGAACAAUCUGAAAGAGAGCUAAGACAUAAGCUCAAAACUGCUUUUAAAAGCUUUUGUGAAAAGGUGGAAUCCAUGACUAAACAGGAGAUUGAAUUCGAUACGCCGUUUCGAGAGCUAGGAUUUCCUGGUGCCCCAUUUCGCUCUACCGUUCUUCUUCAACCAACUUCCGGCUGCCUAGUUAACCUAACAGAAUGGCCUCCGUUCGUUAUAACUCUUGAAGAUGUCGAACUUGUACAUUUUGAGCGCGUUCAAUUCCAUUUGAAGAACUUCGAUAUGGUGUUCGUCUUCAAAGAUUACCAUCGCAAGGUAGCUAUGGUUAACGCUAUCCCAAUGAAUAUGCUCGAUCAUGUGAAAGAGUGGCUUAAUUCCUGCGACAUCCGCUACUCAGAAGGUGUACAGUCUUUAAACUGGGUGAAGAUUAUGAAGACGAUCACAGACGAUCCAGAAGGAUUUUUCGAUAGUGGUGGAUGGACCUUCUUAGACCCAGAAAGUGAUCCUGAAGAGGAGCAGGAAGACGAAUCGGAAGACGAAGACGAAGCUUAUGAACCGACUGACGUCGAAUCCGUAUCGGAGGAAAGUGAAGAGGACUCGGAAUACACCGAAGGAGACACCGAAAGUGAAAGUGGGAGUGUCUCUGAAGACGACUUGGGUAGUGACGAAGAGUCGGGUAAAGACUGGUCCGACCUAGAGCGUGAAGCAGCGGAAGAGGACCGUCGAGAUCGACGAUACGAAGAAGAGUUCGGCACCAAGCGUGAGAAGCACAAGGGUAAAGAUUUCAAGACGUCUCAUUCAUCCAGCAAACACUCUUCGAGCAAAAACUCAUCCAGUAAACAUUCACCUAGCAAGGAUAAGCAUUCAAGCAAGGACAGGCACUCGUCAAGUAAGGACAAAGGUAGACAUUCAUCGAGCAAGGAUAAGCACAACAGUAGUGGCAGUCAUAGCAAAGAUAGACAUAAUUCGUCCAAAGCGAAAAAUCACCAUGGAUCGUCAAAAGAAUCGUCGCACAAAAGUGGGCAUAAAUCUUCAUCUAACGAUAAAAAACGUAGCAGAGAAGAAAGCGAUGAUAGGCAUAAGUCAAAAAAAUCUAAGAAGUAAACGCAAACUGGAAGCACUUCUUCAGUUUUAUACGUUUCAUUGUUUAAUUAGAUUUAGUGCAUUCGUAUUAUACUCUUUAUGUUACACAAUCUUAAUUUAAUUACAAACAAAUUAACAUUUAAGUAAAGAACUUCUUUUCUAAA